ACGUAGUAACGAGGGUGUCCCACCUUGCGUGGCUGCUCUUUCUCUGUCGCAUCGCUUCUCGCUGCUCCGAGCCGAGCCCUGGCUAUUGUGUUGUGCUCUGAUGCUGCUGCUGCUGCUGCUGCGCAGUGAGGUCGCCGAAGCGUGCACGAACAUCUACACCUAUUCUCUCCUCUCUCAACUAACUAUUCUCUGUAUCACGUCUCGACCAAGGAUUCCCGGUUUCGAGCCGUGCCGCAUUGCCAACGGCACCACCCUAUGUCGUGUCCCGUGCAGGGCAUGUGCACCUUUACGAAAGGCACGGUGCGUAGGUGUUCCGCAACAAGGGAGGAGGAGCAGCAGGAGCAGCAGCAGCAGCAGCGCACGGUUGGAGCACCUGUGGAAUUAGUGAGGCUUUUCUAGACGCCAUACCGGCGGGAGUAGAAGGCCGUCGGUUGUGGAAUGGAUGCCCUAGCGUGAGAGCAGGAGCGGAUCGUUUAUCCUGAGAAAACCUCAGUGUGACCUCGUCGGACGCCCGUUGCGCCUUGCUCAGAGUUCCUGGAUGCGGCCAGCUGAUUCACGGGGAAAGUCCGUGAUUGUGACUGCUAUUUCUUUUUGUGCGUUUGGCGUCUUCUGUCCGUCCUUCGAUUCGGUGUAAUGUGCUUGGAGUACGUGUGAUUUGUGUGGAUUUUUGUUUUGAUUUUCUUUUCUGUGUGGAGGUGAAGCUGUUUCUGAGUCUGCAGUUUCUUGUUUUUCUUGGGAAUGUUAAACUGUCAAUUUUUACUAUUGUAGUUUCUCGUGCUCGAAGCGUAGAUUCUAAACCGUUCUACAGAAGUCCGACCACUAAUCUUGCAGCUCUCCUUAAGUGCGUCAGUGAGGGUUAGAUUUUUUCCGACAAAAAUGCCUCCGAUGCACUUUCUCGGCCAUCGUAUGGCUUCAUAAACCUUGUUGGUGUCUGGAAGCGCCUUAUUUCUCCUUACCUUAUACGUCCCACGACUGCUACUGUGCUUGUAUCUUCUGUUCACUCAGCUAGCAGCGCCUCCCACCCACAGGUCCUUUGAAAAUAGGUGUUUUAUAGUAAUGUGAUGUAUGUGGUUCAUUAUCUCAGAUUAAGUCGUGACGAUGUUAUGCACCGUCUCUUAUUACAGGUGAAGGUGGUUGUGGCUACGUAGUUUUCGUAGAUUUGAAUCACCCUACUUGAAGUCAUCCUUUGUUCAAACGAUGUAACCAAAGCUACUUGAGAAUUUCAAGUUGAGAGAGAGACUGUUGAAGCCUCCGCUAAUAUGAUUCGGAAUGGCCAGAUGCCUAGACGUGGAUGCGUUUUGUCGAAGCUGCUAAUUCGUAUUGAAUCUUUGAAGUUCAUUGUGGCAUAUGAAUUGUAUAUGUGGACGGCUGAUAGAUUUUGAAUGAAUGCAGAAUAUGGCCGAUGCUGAGUUUUUUACCGAGUACGGGGAAGCCAAUCGCUACCGUAUACUGGAGGUUAUUGGAAAAGGAAGUUACGGUGUUGUCUGCUCUGCUGUCGACACGCUAACGGGUGAAAAGGUGGCUAUCAAGAAAAUUAAUGAUAUAUUCGAGCAUGUGUCUGAUGCAACCCGCAUUCUGCGUGAGAUUAAGCUCCUUAGGCUGUUGCGACAUCCUGACAUUGUGGAAGUAAAGCACAUUAUGCUUCCUCCUUCACGACGUGACUUCAAGGACAUUUAUGUAGUAUUUGAGUUGAUGGAGUCAGACCUUCACCAAGUGAUCAAAGCCAAUGAUGAUUUGACCCCUGAGCAUUAUCAAUUCUUUUUGUACCAGCUACUGAGGGCCCUCAAGUAUAUCCAUACAGCUAAUGUGUUUCAUCGCGACCUGAAGCCAAAGAACGUGUUGGCAAACGCUGACUGUAAACUGAAAAUUUGUGACUUUGGACUUGCUCGAGUGGCCUUUAGUGAUGCUCCAACAGCUAUCUUCUGGACGGAUUAUGUGGCUACAAGGUGGUAUCGAGCUCCAGAGCUUUGUGGUUCAUUCUUUUCGAAGUAUACUCCUGCGAUCGAUAUCUGGAGUAUAGGCUGUAUAUUUGCGGAAGUGUUGACUGGAAAGCCGCUUUUUCCUGGAAAGAAUGUCGUUCAUCAACUGGAUUUGAUGACUGACAUGCUUGGAAGUCCAUCUCCAGAAACAGUCCAGAGGGUGCGAAACGAGAAAGCUCGGAGGUACCUGAGCACAAUGCGAAAAAAACCCCCCAUGCCUUUCGUGCAGAAGUUUCCUAAUGCUGAUCCCUUGGCGAUUCGGUUACUUGAAAGAAUGCUUGCGUUUGAUCCCAGAGACAGGCCUACUGCAGAGGAGGCAUUAGCAGAUCCUUAUUUCAAGGGUUUGGCGAAAGUGGAUAGGGAACCUUCUGCUCAACCAAUUACGAAAAUGGAAUUCGAGUUUGAGAGGAGAAGAAUAAACAAGGAAGACGUGAGAGAGCUUAUUUAUCGUGAGAUUUUGGAGUAUCACCCUCAAAUGCUGAAGGAAUAUCUCAAUGGUUCAGACAACGCGACUUUCUUGUACCCAAGUGCGGUGGAUCAAUUUAAGAGACAAUUUGCUCACCUUGAGGAACAUUAUGGCAAGGGUGGUAACAAUCCUCCCCUUGAGAGGCAACAUGCCUCACUCCCAAGGGAGCGAGUUUUAGAGUUCCGUGAAGAAGCAUCAAAAUAUCAAAGAGAGGAUAGUAAGUUGCAUGACAAGCAUGCAAGUUCUGGUCAGAGGAACGUUUAUUCUCAAAAUUCCUCCAAAUCUCAAGAUGGUUCUGUUGGAAGAGCAGGAAAUCCAGCUGCUUACGUUGGUGCUAAGGAGUACACAGAUCCUCGCCGAGUGUCUAAAACUGCCUCAAUGAGCACCACUAAUUCGUAUUCUGGUUCUAUUAACCCUUACGGCAGACGACACUCUAGCAACAAAACUGAUAGGGAUGAUCGUGAACUCAAUGCCGUGCAGUCAAAGACGGAGUCUAUGGGGCUUGGAGGCUCGCGGAAAGUCCCGGCAGCCCAAAGUGUUGGCCAGUAAUUUACGACAUGGAUCCUUUAGUCUCAACCAUUAUUGUUCUUGUCUUGAAUUGCACAGAUGGAGUGUCCUGGUGGGGGUGACCUGGAGCUCCGUUGAUGUAGUGGCAACGCUUUUGCUUGUAGGAGGGGGGUUAAUCAGAAGCAUUAUUUACAGAAUGUAGGUUAAGUUGCAGUAUAUGAGUUUUAUCAGCAUUCGUGUUGAUCUUCUAAUUAUUUUUUAUAUUUUUAUAUUUUUUCCCCAUAUUUUCCA